AUGUUUGCUACAGACGAGGACGUCAAGGAAGGUCAGCUGAUUGUUCUCUUUGUCCUCCAUUGUAAAAUGUUUGUCCGGGAAGACGCUGCUGAUAUGCUCCCUGAACAUGAGCAUCUGAUCCCGUUCGAAAACGACGAAGGCAUUAUCCACAUACCGCACACAAAAUUUGGGUCUGUGUUGUUGGAAGACAAACUUUUCAGAACCACCUCGGCAAGGAGUCAUGAAAUCAGUGAACGCAUUGGUAUCCGCGUCAUCUGUCCGUAG